GUCAGAAUGACAGGCUAAGAUCAUAGGUCUCUUCAGUUCCUUGAUUUUAAUAUCAACUUAAAAUCGAAAUAUAUAACGAAUUUAUAAACUGUCGUCGUGCCUUGCUUGAUUCGAAACAGCAUGUGUAAUAUAGAACUUUGUUACACUGCGAGUUCAGAACCAAUCAUUUACCAACCAAUCAUUAACCAAUUCUUCAUAAACGAAAAGAUAUGGCGGCACCUAAUGUUUCAUCCGACUGGGAUAUCGAUGCACACCGUGCCUACUACGAACCUACGGAACACUGGAACCUGCGGCGCAAUUUCAUGGAAAAACAUCGCCAUUGGAUUCCAGAAGAUGAGCUGGUGUGUCUUGCCCAAAUUUUUGUCAACGUAGAACUGCUACGUUGUCGGUAUCCACCAGCAACGAUGGAACGUUUGGCGGAGCUGUCCGCUGGCGUUGCCGAUGAGUACAGGGCUUCGCGGAGGAAUUGUCUGCGACGAACGUUUGUGUCCGCUUCUGACGCGGCAAUAUCGAAAGUGCGCAAUAGUAUCUGGCAGAAAGUCGUUGCAGAGGAUAGCACUGAAUCCUCGCAUCAAAAUUCUGAAUCUCAAGUAGUAUCGCCUCCAGUAGAUGUGCAUCAACCGCAGGCAUCGGUUUCCGUGCGGACGCCAACCUUCAAACCGAUUGUGCCAAUCAGAAGCAUCGAAGAUGUUUAUAACAAUAUCGUUCUGCUUAAUGAUUUGGACGCAACGCAAGCUGCUUUCAACUGUCUAGGAUGUGGCCAAUUGGAAAUAAUCGAUGGGAAAAAUUCUGCCGGUCAGAAUUUUGUGAAGGUACAAGUUGGCGAUUACGUACUAGUCGAUCGUACGUUUGGAUCGGAGAAGCCGGUUAAGGUGCACUCCAAGCAGAUAAUCUUGAAUGAAUUGAAAAGACAUUGUUUCAAACUUAAGCGCACUAAACCGAUCUCAAACUUAAAUAAGGAAGUAGAACGCCACGUAACUAAAGCCAUGGAUAGUUCAGGUAGAAGGGUUGUAAGAAUGAGAAAAGCACAGUCAUCGUCAGUUAAUUUGAAGAAUUCAGCAAAGAUCGGCGAAGACAAUGUUGGUUUCAAGCUGCUUCGACGGCUUGGUUGGGACGGUGGACCUCUGGGACAAAACGGUACGGGGAUCAUGGAUCCUAUCGUCAGUGACAGUAAGGGCGCGAGCUUCAAUCGUGAAGGACUGGGAAUGAAAACGGAUCGCAAGAAGGAUGUCUACAAUAUCGAUGCUAAUUUUUACCGAGAAACGUUGCGAAAUUUCCGAAAUAGCGGUGUCGAGUACGAUUUGGUGUUUUGCAAACAAUUUAAUAUACAUGAACGUCGAUUAUUAUCCAAUAUUGCGAAGGAGGAGCACUUGGAGACAAAUCUGGUCAGCCACUCAAAAAACAAUAAGAAUUUAGUCGUGCUCGGAAGGAAGUUAACACCUCAUGAACUUCUUGAACGUAUCAUUAUCGAUAAGGAUCCCGUGUUUUGCAGUCUUUAUCGUGUGGAACAUCCGUGUGCGGAUAAAACGGAAGGCCCAAAAGAAAUUAAGAAGUCACACCGCCAAGCGUCAUGGAUCAAACCUCCUCCGGUUAUACCAAUUACUUCCUCUUACGAGAAAAUUACUGAGCCGCCAUCGGAUUUCGAACCACGUACUCGUGAUUUUGGGCCACUGCCGGAGAUUAAAUCUAUCUCAGAUAUUUACCAUAGUAUUGUGUUGAUAGGAUAUAAUUUCAAACACACUCAGCGCUUUUUCGGGCAACUGAAUUGUGGGCAGCUAGAAUUGAACAUUACGGGUGGACUGAAUAAUAUGUUUGAAGCGCAAAUUCUGCUCGGGAAGCACAUUAUUGCCACAGUCAGCGCAAAUACUAAACAAAUGGCCGAGUUGGGUGUUAAGCAACACUUCAUGAGACAGUUGGGGGCCUGGUGUUACCGGAUUAGGAAUAAUAACAAAUGUAACAAAAAUAGCAGAUCUCUUAAGAAAUGUCACAAGGUUCACAAACAAGACAACAGGAACAGACCGCUCCGUGUGAAACAGUACGUCGUCAGAGUUCUGGGAAAGGCGAAAACGAUCGAUUAUUCACAUUAUUGCGAUAUGAUAAAAAAGUUUCACGACACAGGAAGCCAGUACGACCUCGUAUUUUGUCCCGAGUUUACAAAUAAGGAGCUGGCCAAGUUUGAGACUUAUAGCAAGAAGAUCGGCGCCAAAUCAUGCAGAUUGGGAAAACCGAAAAAUGCAACACAUCAUCUGAUUAUUUUCGGGAGACCCAUACUAGCCAUUGAUAUACUGCAACGCGUUCUGGUCCAAAAAGAUCCUGUUUUUAGUAAUGCUUAUACUGUGCAACCUCCCAACAAUGCGAACACAUGUGACGGAGUCGACUCAGAAUCUGAUUAGUUUCAUUAGUGAGGUACAUGUAGUAAUGGUAAUAAAUAAUAAUAAACGUAAGAUCUCGUAGAGAAGACUGAACAAUUUUUUAUAAGUCUAGAUUAAAGAGCAACGUUCCCAGCG